AUGACCGAGCAAAUUUCUUUACAAGAUGUAGAUAUAGUAUAUGUUGACGAGACCAAUGGCACCGAUGAUUCUGGUAAUGGAACCCAAGAUAAGCCUUAUAAAACGAUUGUUUACGCUCUUCAAGUAAAAGGCAACGACAUAAAGAUAUUAGUUCAAAAAAAUCCUGAGGAAGGAUACAAAGAUGUUUCAGGCGCAGCUUUGAAGAAGGCCAAAAAACGAAUAAAAAUUGGCGAUGCAAUUGCCAAUCGUGGGAAACGCGUUAAAGUGUCUGGAUGGGUCCAUCGUCUACGAACACAAGGAAAGGAUAUGAAGUUCGUUAUACUAAGAGAUGGAUCUGGUUACCUUCAAUGUAUUCUUACCGGCAGAUUAUGUCAUACAUAUGAUGCUUUGACUUUGUCACUUGAAUCAACAAUUACAGUGUACGGUGUCAUUACUGAAUUGCCACCUGGAAAGACGGCUCCAGAUAAUCAUGAACUCCUUGCAGAUUAUUGGGAAGUUAAUCAUAAAGCACCGGGUGCCGAAGAUGCUUUCACCAAUAAAUUAAAUGUCGAAUCUGAUCCUUCUGUAUUGUACGAACAGCGGCAUCUUGUCAUUCGUGGCGAGGUUGCUUCAGCUGUACUAAAAGUUCGGUCACAAGUAAUGAAAGCGUUUCGUGAUUAUUUCGAUUCUAAAGGAUUCAUCGAAGUUACCCCUCCUUGUUUGGUACAAACUCAAGUUGAAGGUGGAAGUACUUUAUUCGAAUUGAAUUAUUAUGGCGAAAAGGCUUAUCUUACUCAAUCAUCACAAUUAUAUCUCGAAACAUGUCUUCCAUCUCUUGGUGAUGUAUAUUGUAUUUCGGAAUCAUAUCGAGCAGAAAAAUCUCAUACUCGUCGACAUUUAUCUGA